GCCACAACUGCGGGUCCCGAUUGCUGCAGCCGCUUGUCAGUGUGACGAAGAUUGGCACUCAGGUUGGCCACCUGUCCCCGCUUUCUAUAAUGCUCCAGUGUUUGCAGCAUCUGCAGUGAACGUGAUGGCAGCCCAGUCGGUUUCCAUAGACAAGUAUCCAAAGGGAGAGCAGCAGAUGCAAGGUGUGGUAAAGGUAGACAGCGACGCGGAGCAGAAGUUUACUGAGGGGACGUUGGCAGAGCCGCCCAGCCCGGCACCAACCGAGCCGCAGACACCCAUGGACGCGGACAAAGCCUCCAUAUAUCGGCAUCCCCUAUUCCCUCUGUUGGCCCUGCUGUUUGAGAAGUGUGAACAGUCCACACUGAGCUCUGAAUGCAUCACCUCAGCCAGCUUUGAUGUGGACAUUGAGAACUUCGUUCGCAAUCAGGAGAAAGAGGGGAAACCCUUCUUCAGUGAGGACCUGGAGCUUGACAACUUGAUGGUCAAAGCCAUCCAGGUACUUCGGAUCCAUCUGCUUGAGUUGGAGAAGGUGAGUGACCUGUGCAAGGACUUCUGUAGCCGCUACAUCGCCUGCCUCAAGACUAAGAUGAACAGUGAGACCCUGCUGAGUGGGGAGCCAGGCAGCCCAUAUUCCCCAGGACAAGGCCAGGCCCAGAGCUUCUCCCCCACCAAGACCCAGAACCCCAGUUCUAUCUCAGGGACCAUCAGUCCCCAAGGUCAGAUUGUGGUGCCAGCGUCAGCCCUGCAGCAAGGGAAUGUUACCGUGACAGCCGUCAACCCCACCCAGGUGGUCGCAGGUAUGUCAUCGUGGCAUACAACCCCUCCCACAGGUGGCACAGUGUACCAGCCUGUUACAGUCGUCACUCCUCAGGGCCAGGUGGUAACACAGGCUCUGUCUCCUGGGACAAUACGCGUCCAAAACAAUCAGCUCCAGCUGCAGUUUCACCAGGACUUGAAUCUCUUCAAUCAUGACGACAACUCAACCAAGAACAAGCGCGGUGUUCUACCCAAACACGCCACCAACGUCAUGCGCUCAUGGCUCUUCCAGCACAUUGGGCACCCGUAUCCAACAGAGGAUGAGAAGAAACAGAUAGCUACUCAGACAAACCUGACACUUCUGCAGGUCAACAACUGGUUUAUUAAUGCAAGGAGGCGGAUCCUGCAGCCCAUGUUGGAUGCCAGCUCCUCUGAGACACCCAAAGCCAAGAAGAAGACGCCUCAAAACCGGCCACUGCAGCGCUUCUGGCCCGACUCCAUCGCCGCUGGAGGAGGAACCCAGCAGCAUGUUACCAUGCCAGAUGGUACUAUGGUGACAAUGAAUGUGGAGGGUCUGCAGAGCCUGACCUCAGACGGUGCCACACUGGCGGUGCAGCAGGUGAUGCUGGGAGGCCACAGCGAAGAUGAGUCGGGGGACAGCGGGGAUGAGGAUGACGACACAGACAUGGCCGGGCUGGGCCUGGACAACAGCGACUCACUGCAGUAGAGGACACACUCCCUCACACACUGAUCUCCACGUACACACAGGACAUGCAUAAAUAGGUCUACACAACACGUUUGCAUUUCAAACACAAUGAGUCAUAGUACAGACACGCAUUAGGUUUACAUAGAGCACAAAGCAACAGGACAUGUCCUGCACUCUUCCAACCCUCCACCUGCUGAACGGCAGUUUGUACUGCGAGUGUGUACAUCAGGAGUUUCAUUUACGAAACCGUUUUUUAAUUAUUUAGUUGAUGUAGGCGAGUGCACUUUUUGUAUAUUUAAGCUCAAAAAGAUUAAAUCAAACAAACAGAAGAAAAAUAGAAGUGUUAAAAACACCCAAAGCAAGUUUGUAUGCUCCGUUAAUAAAUGUUGACUGAUUUCCCAUUUUCUUUCUCGGCCCCUGGGCCCCUGCUCCCCGUCCCCGUCAAUUCUCAUUUUGGAUGCCAACACUUUAAAGUUGUAUGUGUAAGGGUUUGUCUUCACUUUUUGCAUGCUUGUGUUUUGAGUAGAUGUGCGCACUCUUAUGACUGACUCCAUGGCUCUCACCCGGGCCCUUGAGGGCCGAGCAGGGCCCUGGUGAAGAGAUGAGAGGAAAAAAAGGAGAGAUGCUUAUUUUUAUAUACAAAAUAUGAAAUGAGUGUUUUUUUGUUUUGUUUGUGUUCUCCUGUUUUGUAAGGAAUAUUUAUGUACAGAUUGAUAAUUAAAGCUAGCAACCCUGUUUUCCAGGGUUCUUUGAAGUUUUCUAAAAAAUAGAAAAAGGAAUUGAAUGCUGAUGAAAAUUGCUAUUUAAAUUGGUUUUAAACUUACAAUACUAACAAGGCCUUACUGUGUUCUUUUCUAAAGAAUUCUUGCCAAGAAGCACAAAAGAGUGUGACCCUUGUAGAAAUUGGUCAAAUAGACACUAAACUGCAGAACCUGGUGGUUCUGUGAAGCAUCAUGUCUGACACAAAGACUCAACUGCAGUGUCAGUUUUAAAUUCAGCUCCAGUUUUAGCCACAUUGUGUAUACCAUACGUCUUUUAAUUGUUCUACAGUGAUAGUGUAGGCAUCACUUUCUCAAAUGCACAAUCCAGAACACUAUGCUAAUCACACAAUCACAAGGGUCUGAGAUGGAGCCCCCUGGGAGGGCAGUAUCCACACCGAGACGAGCUCCGUCACCAACAGGAAGCAGUGGACUUCUGCACGCACUAAACUUUUAUUUAUGUCAACAAACAUGCUACUGCAUCUAGACCAGAGCGGAGGGAUGGGUGGACCCCCUGCUCCCUGCAGCCUCCAUCGGUCCCCCUUCCACUACACACACGUAGUGAAUGAUUUUACAUCUCUUUAUCAAUUUGUUGAUAUUACUGCACAAAUUGGGGUGCCUCUUAUUUGAAUAUCUGUAAUAUUGUACUGUACAACAGUUGUCUGUCAAUAGUUGCAGUAAUCUGGUUUUUAUCCCUCUUGUAAAGUUGAGACUUGAAAUGGUUAAUUUCCCGCGGCCUGAGGAUCUGAGGAGGGUGAGACUGGGUGGGCCCUCACUGAGCUCUCGUUCCUCACUUGCGGCUGUUUUGCUUUUUAUGAUGCGCUGUUCACUUUUCUCUUGUCUGUUUUGCCUUAGAGCUUUCUAUUUUGGAAUAAAUG